CUCUGGUGCUGGCAGACAGAAACCUCCUGGUAGGGUGCACAGCAUUGCUUCAGGGUGACAAGUCAGUCCUGCAGAGGGUGUACUUUAACUUUCACUUCUCUUCCUGGGCUGAUCUCAUGUCCUUGUGUAACCAGCAAUGUGAGCUCCACCCACUCAGACAUUAACAGCCCUCCCAACCGGUUUCAGCCAGUUCAGUUCACACACGGCAUGUAGAGCGAGUCAGGGACACAAAAUACUGCUUCAGAAUCACCAUCCUCUCAGCUCUCAUGGAAACAUUACCGCUCCUGCUGUUCCUCCUGGCUUCAGCAGCUUCAGCAGCUUCAGACCAACAUGUGACAGUGCAGCCUGGACAUGACGUCACUCUGAGAUGUGAGGCUGGUGAUGUCUCCAUCUUAGCUGUAGAGUGGACCAGACCUGACCUGGAGCCACAGUACGUCCUCUUAAACAGUGAUGGACACUUCGACACAACCUUCCAGCAUCCAUCCUUUACAGGCAGGGUGGAGCUGGUGGACAGAGAGCUGAAGGACAGAGACGUGUCUUUAACUCUGAAGAAUGUGACCAGCAGAGACAAGGGAACAUAUGAGUGUCGAGUUAAAUCAGAUGGAUCAAGACGCAGAAAGAGAGCCCUCAUUAAGACUGAUCCAAUCACAGUCAUCCACCUGGAGGUUAGAGGUUCAGAGAAGGAAAACUACAUGGAUGGAAACACAGAGAGUGAACACCCCGUAUAUGGAAACAUCCCUCAUGGACACGUUGGACUGGCAGCAGGAGGUGUUGCAGUGCUUUCUGUAGCUGCUGUCUGGAUAUAUAAGAGACGUAAGGACCAAAGAUCAGAACAGUCUGCUGCUGAUGAAGCAGGAAACAAUCAGCUCAUGAGUCCCUCUGCUGUUUGAGACUCUUCACCAUGAUGGUCUGUUUCAACCAAUCAUGUCUCUGCUCCAUGAAUCACUGCCUUAUCGUGUGCAGUGUGUGUGCAUCUUUGCUUCAUCCUGUUUGUUUGUUUGUUUGUUUGUUUGUUGUCAAGUCAACUUUGUUUGUGUAGCACUCAACACACAAACAGAGUUGAUCCAAAGUGCUCCUGCAGCACACACACACAGAGAAACAACAGAAGCAAAGAAGAAGUAAUCCUUAGUGCUGAUCUCAGGACAGACAAACGGGUCAGCUGUUAAAUGUUAGAGACCUUUAACUGGAGUAAAUAAUUCUCCCUCCAUGAAUCACUACCUUAUGGUGGUGGAGGGUUUGUGUACCUGCUGAUCCUGGGAGCUGUGUUGUCUGGAGCUCUGAGCUCCUGGUAGGGUCUCCCAUAGCAAACUGGUCCCAGUGGAGGGCCAGACUGAAUGUGAUUCAAAUGUUCAUCCUUAACCAGGGAUGGAAAGACUAGAAUAUUUUACUCCAGUAAAAGUUCUGCAAAUUAAAAACAAAACAUCAAGAGCAGAAAACAAUCAUGUCUCCCACUUAAAUUAUUUGAUUUGUACAAAUUAAUUUAGCUUAAAUUUUCAUUUUGGCUGAAUCCUGUUGUUUUAUUUCUCCUGUGAAUAUAAAGACAUUUUACUUCAGCUUGUUGCUGUUAAUAGUUCACUUUAUGUUUUUUGUUUAUAAAUAAUAUACAUAUAUAUAUUUUUUUAAGAUAAAUUGCAUUGGGUGCACAUUUUGUUGCUUUCCUCUAAAGUCUCUCAGAGGCUGGUUGUCAGCUGAUCUCACAUCUCCACACACGUGUCUUCUUCUCUGUGUGUUGCAGCAACACGUGUACACAGCUCAGAGUAUUAAACAUUAUGAGAGUUUCAUCAGAAUUCAUAUAACGACUGCAUACUGUCUGUGGACGUGGAAUUCUAUGUCACUGCUCUGAUUGUAUACACAGAGGAGCACAUGCUUUGUGACACUUUGAAUAAUAAAAACAAGUGUCUCAUGA